AUGAGACCGAGAGGCCGUCAGAUCGCUACAACUGCCCCAGUGGUGUUCUUGCUUAAUUUGUAAAGGUAACACUGCGAAACCUCAUAUUUCUCUGUGAAAUAGUGAGUGGAGAUUUGGCACAAGAGAGUGAAAACCGCCUAUUUGUGAAUUCCCCUCUGCGGAUAAGGAUUCGCCGACGACAAGGACGAGGAACAUUCCGGAGGAAUGCGGUGAAAAUUCGAAAUCGAAGUCGCCCUCCAAUGGCGCCAAAAAAUGCUUGCUUUUCUGUCGCCAAAACGCGGGUUCUUGACCCCGACAAUUUUCCUUUUUUUUUAAUUUUUUUUUAUUUGGACAGGGUUUGCUUAUUAUUGACUUAUGAUGUUACCCAAGCAGUUUGAGUUUGCCGCUUCUAAGUCGGAAAUUUCGCUUAUUAGACUUGGCAGUUCACACGUAUGAUUUUUACUAAGUCGACUUAAGAAAUUGCUAAGACAGACUUAGAUGUCUAGUAUGAACACACUCAGUGAAAUAAUAUAUCGACGUCAUCACCACUACAUAUAAUACCACCACCACCACCACCACCGUCAACACCAUUAUCAUUGUCAUCAUCAUUAUCAUCAUCAUCAUCGUUGUCUUCAUCAUCAUCAUCAUCGUCAUCAUCUCAGAAAGUUAAGGGGCCAGAGGGGUUUGACUGGUUACAACCGGCGCGAUCCAUUCAGCCAAUGUCUUUAAAAAUUUCGGUCCGAAACUGUUGUGGUCGGUCCUUAGAGAGAAGUGGAUCGAUUCGGACCGACGUGGCCUUCCAUUCGCCCCAUAGGACCAAGGAAAUUCCAUCCAAAAAAUUUGACUGAAUGUAUCGCGCCUGGGUUUACUCGGUCGGUUUUGCCUCACGUGUUGAGUGAUGUUUUUCGCGGAGGACACAUAAUUUGAUCAUUUGAUGGUUUACAACACAAGCCUCCGAUGAUGUACUCCUUGAUCAUAAGAGUUGCGGCCAGACAAAAAGCACCGAUUCCUACUUGCGAGGUGCGAAAAAUUUUUGAUUCGUUCAAAUGUGCAGGCAUGGGGAAGUUUAUGAAAGGCUGGUGAGCGAAAAAAGACUUGGAGAGUAGAAAGCGAAUCAUGAAACGAGCCUGCGGGAAUCUUGAAAUAUUCCCUUGCUUCUUUUAUUUCAGUCACUUUCGAUUAAGCUUUUCUUCAAUCAACUUCUUGGGAUUCUCGGUUUUAUCUGCUGACUUAAGGAACAGGUUAAAACCCGGCUACGUGGGUGCCCUGUGGAAUAAUCUCACCAUUUUACUCGCUAUAUUCAGAGUCGAAGUGUUGUCUUCCAACAUUGUUACAUUGCAAAAUAAGAAAAAAAGUUGGCCUGUCUGGUUCCGCCCUCCCCACAAGGUUUCGCCCCCCUCUCCCCGUAUUGCGAUGAUCGUGCCAUGUUGUUCCAUUUCAUUACACGAAACAAAACUGUCCAUUGUACCAUUUAUUUGGUUCUACCGCAAAUCAGUUAUGUAAAAGAGAAACGUUUGGAAUGAGAAACUUCUGUCUUCGUCAACAAGAUUAAAGACAUCUAACGGGUCGCUUCUAAAGAACUGCAUUCUAAGUGAUUGAGCACUGGAGCGCGUUUCAUAAAAGUAAAUUUGAAAUGUGGAAAUGAAAACCAUUGAGAUUGACUUAUACUUGGUUAAGCCUGGCUUCCACAUAAUCGUCUGGAUGGUCUCGAUCGCCCGCAUUAUGUCAGAAUAUGUUCAGACAGUCGAGAUGGGCCAUAUGUCAUAUGCGACAGAACACUUCUGAUGCGACGCGGAACGUUGGAUCCGGACGAUUGGGGCCAUCUCAGUCAGCCUGGCUUAAUCAAAACUGAAGUAUGUAUACAGUAUAUAAUUAUAGGCUGGUUUUCAUAUAACGGGUCGGGUUUGUCUCGAUGGACCUCCAAAAAUCAAAGCAAUCAAGACAAUCCCUGCAUGAUGACUAUAUAGAAUCCAGCUUAUAACUUCAAAUAUAAAGCUGUUGGGUAUUUGAGUAUUUGACGGUCAAAAACCACGACCAACCAUGAAAGACGCCGACACUGCAAACAGAACUCGAAGUUCGGAAGUAGCCAAUCAAGUGUUGGUUUCGGUUUAACUUCUGUCUUUUUUCUUAUAAUUUUCUCAAAGCUAACUUUUAAUUGCCGUUUAUCUCUACAAUCCUUAUUACAGUUAAUACAGCUCCUAUUUCGAUUAGUUCCGAAAGAAUUUUACGCACUCUUUUUUUUUUUUGCGAUAUUUUGAUUUAGAGAGGGAUAUAUUUUUUUUAAAACUAUGUCGUUAAAAAAGGGGGAUAAAUGAAAAACUUUUUUUUUUCAAUAAUGCAACUUUUAGUACAAUAUUUUCUUCGAAAAUUUGAAUUUACUUUGUUUUCUAAUUCACGUUAUAAGGUAAAUACAGUCAAUUUAUAUAGAACUGAUAAUUUGAAUAUACUGUUCUGAUGCAAGAAAGGGAUAGAUGCAACUUUCAUUUUAAUUUAGUCGAAAAAACUCGUAGGCAGUAACAUUUUGUGGUAUUCCACGAAAGAGAGGGAUUAUAAGCUUUCUAAUAAUUUCUUUUGAAAUCUUAUCUGUAGCGUUAAUUAGUGAUAUUCAGUGUUAGAGAGGGAUCAAUAUAAUUCUGCCAAAAUACAUUUUAAUUAAGAUUUGCUGAGAUGUAUAAAUUUUUAUUUCGUCGUCUUUGCGAACGAAGGGAUAAAUUUAUGUGACUAUUUUUGUAACAUCAGUACAGGUUGUAUACGAUGAUUUUUAAUUUUUAAAGACAAUAUACUUCCAUGUAAUGUUAGUUUGGAAGUUUUCAAUGCAAAGAAGGGACAAAUACGAGAUUUAAAAUUAUUGUUUUGUUGUGUAUGAAUCGUACUUAAAAAAGUGUCUUUUUCAGAAUGAACAUUUAUUGGGAUAAACGUUUUUGUGUGGUUGCAUUUAGAAAAUAGUAUUAACAAUAAAGAGUGGAAUGGUAAUAUAUAACAGCGUGUCUUUACUUUGUCUCAGAAUAUUAAAUCUCAGGAAAAAUCUUUGCUAUUGGAAUGAAGUCCAUCUUUAAAGACAAGCUCUUCUAGCAGGUUGCACAAAUCAGUUAUGCGCGCGAAAGCCUGAUACUGGUAUUUUAAAAAGUGGUUUAACAGAUCAAAUGGAUUCAGAACAUUCCAUCCGGAAAAGACAGGACUACCUUUCCAAAUGGUCUGUUGCUGCCGUAAAUUUUUCACCGGAACGACACGAAAAGCAGUGUCCCAUUCACUCUUCUACCGGAUUUUCCUGAAACUUUUUGUAGGCAAAUGAACCUUGACUUCUUCCCCAGGAAAACUGAGUGGGACGGGAAGAAAUAAUUUUGGAUAAUAGAAUAGUAAUUUGCUGUUAGCUCGAGCGCAGAGGUAUCCUUCCCUCGCCCCCUGGUUUCCUUUACUUCACGCUGACAAACGACGUCCGGUCUUUUGCAGCGUGCUGCAAUAUAGAUGUUCUGUACGUGCAAGCUGGCUUUGGUCAGACAGGAUCAAAACCAGCCAAAAACAAGCGUAUCCACCGUGGAGGUGGAGCUGAAGUGUUUGACUUACGUCCCUACGGAAAUUUAGGCAAAAUGGAAAGGUCCACUGGCUUUCAAAAUGUGUAUUUCUCUUAUGUUUGCCAGGUUCGUGUUGAGAAUGUAAAGGAUGCGGCGUGUCAUAUUCCUGUGGUACUGGAACGAGUAAAGCGUGAGUAUAUAGCGAAGACGUACAAGGUGUCAUCAUGGACAGACUCUACUGACUUCUUAGAACAAGUCGCCCAAAGAACCGGAAAGCUGCUUAAGGUAUGAAUGCUUAAACUGUGUCCUUGUCUUUAGGAAUUGGGGACAAGCGGUAUAUUUACUAAAGACGUCGUUUUCCUUGUAAAGUAUUUCUGCAAUGAUCCUCCGUGUGUUUUGGACGGUGAUUUCAAUUUGAACUGAAUUCUAAUGAUCUUAAUAAAACGUUCAUUCCUUGGUGUUGCAUUCGUUACUUCGUUAGCCUCCCACGCAAACGUUCUCAGGGGUUCGUCACGCGUUCCUUACCCCACGUUCGUGGGGGAGGAAUGAUUGCGUGACGAAGCCCUAAGAACGUCUGCGUGGGAGGCUAUUACUUUGUUGGCUAAAAAUUUUGGCUUGUCCAAGCUAACAAAGUAUAGUCACAUCGACAUGAUAUCUUCCCUCAAGUUAAUUUUCUGAGGUAAAAUAGAGUAAGGCAUGCGAGAAGCGGAGCGGAAUAUAGCCAGUGCGGGACGCGCCAGUCUUGUGCCUAGAUCGCUUAUGGACGAAACCGAUGACCCCGGGGACGCGCGGAAAGGGGGGACGGUAUUUCCCUCACUUGCUCUAAUUCAAAGGCACAACUCGUAAUCUGUGGGAGACAAUAGGGAGUUUACGCAACAACGACGACGACGGCAACGACAACUUUGCACGUGCAUCACGCUUUUUUGUUCAUUUCUCUGCCGUCGUUACACGACUACAGCGUGAAACUGCCUAAUUUCACGUUUUGUCGAGGACGGGAACAAAAGACAACAACUUUCUUUUUGUUAUUCUGAACUUUGAUGCAGUCCUUUAGAAUUCAACUCCAAAAAAAUAUUCCAACAUUUGACGAAUUAAACGAGCUGGAAUAUAGAAUAAGCGCGAUAAAGUUUGAGGCAGCGCAAAUUCCCUUUUUAAGUGACGUUUUCGUAGCCGUCGCCGUCGUCGUUGCGUAAACUCCCUAAUGAGGACCGUACGAAACAACGACGGCGACGGUAACGGCAGCGUCAAAAAGCAACAGGUUUAGUUUGCAAAAUAACAACUUUGCACGUGCAUCACGCUCUUCUGUACAUUUCUUGGCCGUCCCUGCACGACUACGACGUGAAAUGACCAAAUUUUAAUUUGUUUUGAGGACGGGAACGGCAAGGCGAUUAAUUCUACCCUCUGUGUAAACUCCCCUCUUUUAAGUAACCGGGCGACUUUGGAUGACCGCGAAAUGGUUUGAAAGGAUGCGGAGUCUAUUUUUCAGGGACGUUUUCAUGGACGUCGCUGUUGUCGGAUCGUAAGGUCUCUAAAGGUGAUGUUACACGGGACGAUUCGCAACGACGAAUUUUGGCGCAACGCAGUGUUACAACAUUGCAGCGACAUUGUUUUGAAUGCUUGCAACAUUGUUCCAACAUUGCAACGCUGUGUUGCGCUAAAAAUCGUCGUCGUGAAUCGUCCCUUGCAACAUCAAAUUAAUAAAACUUGCUUCGCGUAAGAAUUGGAUGGCACUGUGAAAUAAACAUAGCCAACCAUAUGUACUUUCUUUACCUUUGCAGGGUGGUGAAGCGGAUGUGAACACGGUUGGCAAAAUGAUUUUGAACGACUUUCAGCGAGGAAAGCUGCCAUAUUUUGUGCCACCACCACCCAAGGUAAAAUUGCCAAUUGACAAGAAUGGGACAAAAUCAACGGGAGUCUCAGUAGUCGCCUGCCGCAAGACAACCUUGACGAGAACCUGCUGGUUUCACUGAUUUGAUUGUCCUCAAGCGAAAACUAUUUUAGUCGGAGAACAACAGACAUGAAUAUGCAAAUCAAAAAUCACAAAAGUAAACUCAAGUGAAAAAGAACUCACACGAGUCAGGUUUUGUUCAGUGUGGCUGAUAAGUCGUUUAGUGUUUGCAAAAGUUUCAAUUUAGGUCACUGGGAAACUGCCCACCUACCCCUCCCCUAACCCAACAUUUUGCCCUAAGUGAGAACUUAGUGUUAAUGUUGACUUAUGGGAGCGGUAGGUAGGCAGUUUCCCAGAAACCUAAAUUGAUCUCGCAAGUAUUGUAUUGUUGAUCCUUUUUCGACCAUUUUCAAAGGGAAGCAAUGCAGAAUUUUUUCAACAAACAGGAGAAGAAACUUGCUGCCACGAUUGAAACUCCAAACACGGCGGGUUGACAAGAUAAAGCACGUUUGUUAAGCUACAGAGACUCUGAGUGAACUUCAUUCCAGAGAUGGAAUUAAUUUCGUUUUAUCUUUAUUUUUUCAGGAAGGCGACGAAGAAACCCAGGAAAAAGACAAGAAUGACAGAAGUGACCAAAAGACGUCUCUUAUAAGCUUCGUGAAAGAAACAGCUACAGAAUCAAACGAUCGACAUUCUGAAACAGACAAAGCGGCUAAAGAACAAGCUACUGUCGACGAAUUAACGGUCAAAGAAGGGAACCUUUUGGGUGGGGAAGAAAAUAAGACAUUGAGUGAUUCAACUGCUGAAGCAAAACCCACUGAAUUACCAAGCCACGAAAAUGACGCGGGCGGGGAAGAAAAUAGGACUUUAGAUUUAACUCCUAAGCCAAAACCCGCUGAAAUUCUAAGCCAACCAACUGACGCAAAGGAAGACUCUAUCUCAGCUACAGAAACGACGACAGAAAAUGGCUGCAGCGAAGAUACCGUUAAUAAUAAAAACACUGAAAAGAAGACAAACACUCCGCAUGUAAAACAGAACUUUAGUGAAAUUAACGUGGGUCCAGAAUACACUGGCGAUGAUGUGCAACCAUUAGAAGAGAACAGCGAAGGCGAGGAAGAGAUAUCUGUCAGUGAAAGUGAAUCUGAUGAUGAAUCAGAGAAUGACGAUGUGGAAAUGGGUAGAGAUGAAAAGAAUGAUGAACAGGAUGAUAUCAGGGCAGCUUAUGGCAAGCCUGAUCAUACUGAGUAAGUCAUUACUUCUAACGCACUGGGCUUGUAAUUAUUCUGACCAAUGACAAUAGAAGCAGGUAGUUUGAAAUACAAGUCCGGUCAAACGCGUAUCAACUCACAGUUUUGGUUUUACGCGCGCGCAAGGGAGACGAAACGCCAACGCAAACUGCAGUAAGAUGAAACCAGGGCAAAGUUGAAAUGAAUUUUUACAUUCACUUAGCUAUCGCGUUAGCCAUGUGCAAUGCUUCAAAAAUCACGACUUAACAUCCGUUUAUUAUACCUAACUAUGUGCUUUAAAUAUUCUGGUAAAAUCUUGGUUAACAUAACUGAGGUUACUGUCAUUGGCUUUGGAGAAUGUCUGGUUAUGAAUUAAUACUGUGUAAUAGGUAAAUAUUUAAUUUAGAUUUCUAUUUCAGGAGCGAGGAAAUCGAGAGUGAAGAUGACGAUUUAACAGAUGAAGAAGAUGAAGAAGAGAGAGCGGUAGAGAAACAAAAUACCACGGAGUUGAAGGAGAGGGAUUCUAACAAACAAGAUAAUAACCAACUGUCAGAUGAAGAAAAAGAUGAUGAAGACGAAGAGCUAGAAAAUGAAGAAAAUAAAACGGAUUUGUCAAUCGCGCGGAGCAUGGAAGCUGACGAGAUAAAACAGCGAUUACUUUGUAAAUACAACAACUCGCCAGGUAAAUCGUUUUUCUACAAAAGUUUUUUGGCCCUUACGCUUUUGUGAAUCAUAAAUAGCCAUCUGGUGGAUUGAGUGAUAACCAUCUCUUGUUUGGCGUUAUUAUUCAGGUGCCCAAACGUUACCUUCCCGCCAAGCCAAAGAAUGGACUACACCCUCUAAGAAGCGCUUCUCAGUUUCAGUCAGUCCCUAUAUCGCAUGCGUAGAAGCACUGGGAAGUGAUGAUGACGACAGCCAUAGGCAUCGUGAAAACCCAGAAGAGAGUCACACGCCGCGUGCGCGUCUAUCGGGAUUAAAAACAGCGAAGAAAGAAAUGUCAGACCUAAGGAGAAAUUCUAAAGGAAGUAUGUUUCAAUAAGAUUAAUAAUAGCUUGUACAUUUGAUACUUAGAAUUAUCAUCUUACUUUUCCGCUCAAGUCCUGAACAUAAUUUUAAAAACGAACCAGAUUCCCACGUGAAUCGUUUUCUUGUUUUUGUGAAGGGCUUGCCUAUUGGCUGAAGGGCGGAAGAGACGCCAGCAGUAGAGUAGUUUAUUUCUACUUUUAGUACAAGUACAGACCGUUCUAAUGAUCGUUUUUUACUGCUAUUAAUUCGAGAAAUACUUUAAAGUGAUGUGGAACUCUCAAUCUCCGUGACCUCGCCGUAAGCUCCCGCUUACAGCGAUUUGAUAAGCUACAUACGACGCGCAAUCCCCUGUUUAGCUCUGACAAAAACUGGCCCUCAAAACGUUAGCUUUAUGAAUCUUUUUAUUGUCAGUUCCGGGAUAGACUGAUUUUGUUAAAUUGUAAAUUACGUCAACAUGUAGUUUCAGGGAACAAGAUUAUAUAGUCAUUUUUACACCAUUAAUCCUUAUCUGCAGAUGCAGGACAUCCUGGUAGAAGACGCGGUAAACGAAAAAGUGACAGUGAAGAUGAAGGUGAUGGAACGCCAAAAUCAAAGGUAACCUAUGUGGGUCUUUCCCUGAUGUUAUAUGAGCAUAACUGGUUAAGACUGCUCUUAUGGCCUGCAGUAUUGAAGCAACACCGUGUCUUGAUUUAUUGAUAGGACGCAAACGAUGGACUGGAAGCUAUAAGCAACAGCUGAAAGGCCAUCAGACUUCAUAUAGCUGUUUCAGUAAAACACCUAAGCUACCAGUUCUUAGUUUGCAAUCACGUGACAAGGCGGUGAUGUUGGUGGUCAAGAAUAAAACUUUUUUCCCAAGAAUUUAUAUCAAAAUGGUGUUCAGAGAGAAAUGCUUUGUUGUUGACCCGGCACGAACAUGGCCGCCGUGACGUCACGUGCAAACCAGCAAUUCUUAUCCUUAAUCCUCUCUAACAGUAGGUCUUCUUUAAAGACUCCCUUUCACAUGCGUAGUAGAUGUUCGAACGGGAGGGGGAAGUGGAGCGAGUAAGAGCGCCAAUGGCAAGCAAGGGAGUAAGGAAGUGGCUUUGCGAUUCCCUUCCCUCCCUCCCCCCCCCCCGGCCAGGUUUUCCCUUGCACCCCCAGGCCCAGUUGUUACACCCACCUUCCGAUAUAUUUGUUUCCUGGUCUUCAAGUUUUACUUUAAUUCGAUCUAAGGUGUCUUUUUUACUUUGUCUUCUCAGUUUAUCCUGUACAUAAUAUUGUACUCUUCGUUGGCAGUACAGCGAGACAACUGAUUAUUAAUAAUUUAGUAUUGGUGAUUGGUAAUUAGUAAAUUAGUUCUUGUUUUGGUUUUACUCUUUCAGCAGCGACGCUUAACGACAAAUAAACAGAAAAUUGGUGUUCAUUACUACCAGACAGUGAACGUCAAAAAUAAGAAUAGAAACAAGAAGGCGAAGCAGCAGGAAGCACCAACAGGAAAGAAGGGAAGAAAAAGAAAAUAGUUCAAAGAUAACCACAGAGAAAAACCAUAUAAUUGACUCGAUCUACACCGUGAAAUGAUAACAUAAUGAUAUCUGCCCAGCUCUGCAAUAAAUAAUUGUUUCUGAGCAAAGUGUUUGUCUAAUUGACUAAAGUAAAGGUAAAGUUGUUU